UUUUACCCCACCUUCCAUAAUUGUCUACAUAAGGUCAGCUGUAAGUUUGUGCAAGCAUUUUGCCAGAAUUUCUUCCUGCAAACAUGGCUGCAGCACCACAUCCUGUGGGGAAUGGGCAGCACCCAGAAGAACAGACCAGACCCUUUUUCUAUGUGCAGCCAUCCCCACCUUAUUUUCCAUACCAUUGGCACAUGCCUAUGCCAUACCAUGCCUACGGUGGGUUCCCUGGUCUAGGUUAUGGCUUGGGUUUCCCACCUUUACCUCCAAACCCCUACAUGGAAAUUCCUGGCUAUAUUGUCCCUCAGGCUCAGCUGCAUCCUGCGGAUUACAGAAGACUCUUAAAUCCCCACUUCCCACCCACCAUGGCCUAUCAUGCCAGGAGAUUUCGGUAUCAACAGAACACCACUUCAAAGGAGACCACCAGCUCGGAGGUGCAGACCGAUCCAGCUGUGCUGAUGAAUGACUCGCAGCAUUCAGGAGUUAUUGGUACUUGUGUGGGAGGUGCCCAAGCUGGGAGAUCAGACUCUGUAAGGGAAGCGAGACAUGUUGGUUCCUUCUCAAACUCCAUCGUCUGCUCGCGUUCUGAGAAACAGGACGUCCCAGGGGAGGAAGCAGGCUCUCUGACAUCAAGGGUUACCAGUCCCAAGAGCUUUGUUUUCCAGAAAGAGGAGGUCAGGAUAGAAUGCAGAGACAUGCCGUCCACUCUUAAAAUUUUCAGGUCACGGGAGACAACAGCUGAAUCCUCCCCAAGCACUUCAGGGAAUCUGGUUCAGUGCGAUGUGUGGUCUGUAAGCUCCACAGAAGGUGUAAUGCCACUUUACAGCUCCACCAUUAACGAGACUAAUGUCUUACAGAAUGCAGUGCGCCCAGAGGAGCUCCAGGAGCAAUGUGUGCCUGCCUUCCCAGACGUACUACUCCUGGGAGCUUCUCCACCCAAUACUGUCGCAUCUGUCAGAGAUGAGAAGAAACCUGCUGUUCACAAGGAACACAGAACAAGACCAAACAAGAAAGGGUCAGCACCAGUUACUGAGCAGGACCCAAGAAUGGUCCAGAAUGAUAAAGGUGCACCAAGACAUCUACAUGAGGAAGAUGGCGGUGCAAAACCUGUUGAGCAUGUUCCCGCAGAUAACCCCAAGCAACAGUGUGAAGUCCUGCAUGUAGAAGAUUUGAAGAAAGCUGAGUUGUCAGGAAAGUCAGUCACAAAGCUGGACCCUCAUGUCUCACCUGAAGAGUGGCUGGCUCAGCAGGGUAAGACGCACCCUGAAAAGGCAACUGAGGAGCCCUUCAAUGAGCGAGCCCCAGAUAGUCACGUCGAGCAAAUGGAGACGGGUUCUGUGGCAAACAGCCAGGAUCACACCACAGGAAAGGAUAAAAAUGAAAAUGAGGAGGGGUGGCCUGUGGAGACUCUGCCUCCAUACGUUCCUUCCGCAAGCUGGUUAGCAGACUUUGGCAAUGUGUAUUAUUUCAGCAAAUUACCCCAGAGUGUUCAGGACCACCUGAGCAUUUUCAGUACCUCCAAAGAUGCGAUAAGGAUGGGAAAAAAGGCAAAGCUAACAUGUGAAGGCCCCUGUGACCCCAUGGAUACCUCUAUGCAAAAGAGAGUGAAAAAAAGGCACAGUCGAUUGUUGGAGGUGAAGGGAACCCCUGAAAAUGAAGGGUUUUGUAAUCACCUCAUUAACAGGAAUGCUCUUAAUCCAAAUGAUGAGGGAGCAAAAAGGUGCACCCACUGUUUGUCAAAACAGAACGCACAUGGUAGUUCUGAUUCAAAAGCUCUAUGUGGACACAAAAGGCACAAAUUAACCCAACAAACUGCUGACCUUAAACAAACCUGUGCAGCCUGUAGAUACAGCUCAACGCAGGUUAUGAAAGUGAGAGGGCCUGAAGCUGUGGGCCACUAUGCCAAUGAGGACUUGGACCAUGAAACACUGGAGGUUAAAGGCCCAUCAGAACCCCUCAAACAAAAUCAGGAGUCUAGGACGUCAAUGGCGGCAAGGAAGAGGAUUCUUUCUAAAAGAGUGUCGGAAAACAAUUCAGUUUUUCAGAGUCCAAAAGUCAAAGAAAAGAGGAAUUCUGGAAAAGAGGCCAAGCUUGCCUAUGAAUAUAGCCAUCCAGACGCCAUGAAGGAGUGUAAUGCUGAAGUUAUGGUGACGUCUACUCCAGGCAAAUGUAAAGAAAAGGCAUGGAGAGAAAGUGUAUCGACACCUGACAAGGAGGAUUGGGAAAAUUAUGGAGCCAGACCGAGAAACACGAAUAAAGAAAGGAAAACACUUCCCCAGUCACAAGAGAAAAAUGUGUCAUACAUGCCACUUGCACAGAGACACAGGAAAAAUGCGCACAGUGAAACUCUUGAAAGAGACCAGCCAAGACCGAACAGAACAAGAGGAUCCAGCAAUAGAAGAGGCACAAGACACUGAGAUGAUUUUCACUCAAGACACUAGAUAAUUAUUAAAAAAAAACAUUUUAUUAGCACUGUAAUUAACGUGACACGUAACACUUUGUAAGUAUUAAACACCUUUUCCAACUCAAACCAGCCGAGAGACACUGUUUUCUUGUAGGAUCUCUAUCUGAAUAGGCUAUGGGGAAGAUAAAGGGAUUAUACAGUACUGUAUGUGUGAGCAAUUUUUCCAAGAAAACACAAUUCUAAACUCAGCACAGAAACUGAACAGAUGGAUUCAACUAAUCUGCCUUGGAUAAAAAUGCAAAGCUCUUUGUCUGAAGAAAGUACAAUUAUUAAUAUUCAUUUUCAGGACUGAAUAUGGCAACUGAGGUUUAAAGGGGAAUUGAGGUAAUGGUGACAUUCUCAGCCUAGGCGCUGGUGCUGUGAAAAUGUGCCACCUGUGAUUUCAGCUCCAUCUGUGACAAUAACUCCUCUGAUGUUUUUUAAGCAGGGAAAUCAGAGGAUUGCUCCUCUUCACAUGGUAUAUACUGAAUAAAAUAUGAAGGUCUCGAAAGACCAGCACCAUCCAGUUGUAUGAAGAUUAAAAUGUAAAAAUAUGAUGGACUUCAUCUUAGAGACCUAUGAAUUUAAAGGGGCCUUUAUUCGCGUAUUGGUUGUUCGUAAUUAUUUCUGACAUGUAAAUUGUAAUUGGGGAGUGAAAUGUGAUAACUGGAACAAUUGUCUGCAAUACUGCUGAGUCACGGGGGCUCUGACUCAAGGCUUAUACAGUAGGGCUGGUACUUUUCAUAUGCCUGAUACAAUAUUUGUCAUCGUAGAGCAAUUAUGUCAAUCUUGUGUUACAGUCAAUGUUUCAAUCAAGUUAAAGUUUAAUCGUUAUUCUUGUAGGCUCGGGUUUGUUUUUAUAUUUUGUUUUUGAUAAAGACGUUAUGCUGUUAGAAAAGUUGCAUGAAGAAUAAAGUUUUGCCAUGUACUUUUGUUCUAAACGUUAAGCAGGAAAAUGAUUAAA